UGCUCGUUAAUUCCCUGCUGUACCUUACCCAGGUCCACUGUUCAUAUGCACACGAGGCGUCCGGCCUGGGGAGGAGUGAGACUUGUGGUUUUAGUGGCCCUAGUUGUCCUAAUGCUUCAAAGAACAAGUAAUGAAGGAUAAUGGACGUGGCCUUUCCCAGCUUGUCCUGGCCUGUCUCGUCUAUUACCUGAUGUGUAUCUUCGUAUUCUUCAUAUUGGCGUGGUUGUUUCAAGGGUGUGUUCAUGGAGGAUCCGUGCUCAAAAAUUGCCAUCAUCCGUGAAGUGUAUGACAGUGAUUCCGCCCAUGAGACCUUUGAGCUGGAGUUGGAGAGAGCCCUGGAGAGUGGUGUGCCCACUAUCGUCAUAGAGCCAACCACCCUUGGAGAUGAGACAGCCAGAUGGAUUGCUGUAGGAAACUGUCUCCAUAAGACUGCUGUUCUAUCAGGAUUUGGAGCAAUAGUUUCAGGUCUGAUUUGGCGAGACUCUGCGUAUGUCUGCAUGCCUCUGGGCACUUUGUCUCUUUUCUGUACUGGUGUCUACACUGCAUCAUGGCAGUUUGACCCCUGCUGCAAGUACCAGGUUGAAUAUGACUCAGGGCAUUUAUCCCGCCUGCCUCUUCAAUCCCUGUCCUCGGCGUCCCCUGUUGUACUGGUGAGGAGGGACGACUCUAAAAGAAAAAUACUACAUAGCUGUAUAUCUUUAGUCUCGUUUUCAUACUGUAUGUGGAGACUUUAUCAGGUAUAUAAGUAAAAUUGUUGGUUCAGUAUUGUUUAUGUAUUAUCACAGUCCACCACCUGAAAUCAACCAAGCAGAUCAUAAAUGAAUAUUCCUCAGUAGAAUAUGAGAUGUGCUGAGGACUGAGAGAGAGAGAGAGAGAGAGAGAGAGAGAGAGAGAGAAUUGCAAGAUGUGUAAGAUGUGUCAUCAAUACCUCUUGCAUUUUUUUCCUUACUGAAAUCUUGAUUUCUUGAUGUAGGGUCACUACCAGAUUUAGGAGCUUCCCAGAUCCUUGCUCAUAUUCAGUAAUAAGCAUAUACUGUACCUACCUUGCUUUGAAUGUUGAACAAGUGUAGAUGGCAGCAAACAGAGCCAAGGGAAGUAGAAGGACUCAGAAUAUGUGCACAGUGUAGUAGGUAUUGGUAAUGCUGUGGUGUUUGCAUUCAUUUUACAGUUUCUGUGAACAAAUCCAGGUCUGUUGUUUUUUUUCAGAGGAAGUGAAUUGGAACUCAUACUGUUACUUAUUUUCAAGUAUCAUUGUCUUCUAAAGAGUAUGGUAAUUGCUACUUAUUGUAUUUAAUGUAAUGAAUUUUGAACAAACUAAUUAUUUUCUCUAUCACUGAUAAAGAAAUGCCAAAAUUUAUGUAAAAUAUAAAGUAGAGAAAGGUUUUGUUAAUGAAUAAUCAUCAACUUUAGAAGGCUUAAUAAUUUCAGUCUGUAUGCAGCAAUAUUACAUCUUGAUGGAAGUAUGUGCCAGACAUCAUGUAACCUGGAACUUUAGACAGUGAAUUUAAGCAUAAUGUUGAACCAGGGACAAGGAUACAACAGCAACACUUCCUGGGAAAGGAAUGAGGUGGUGCAUUGAACUGUAUGGUUUUGAAGCACCAACAACUGAUUGUGGUACUGAGGCUGUAAUAGUUUUGUAAGGUGAAUUAUCUGUAGCUUGACUCAAAGGACAUAAUAUUGAGUAUGGAGGAAAUGUACAAGGUGAGGUAGUAGAGGUGAGAUGACACCAGCUUUACAGGAGCCUAGACUUGUCAGUAUAGUAAUGUGUCAAAGAGGAAGUGAGAGGUGGUACACUACCUCUCAAUGGAGGAAGAAGGUGUGGGAGUGGAACCAUCAGUCCUUCAGGUGUGGGAGGCAAUGAGGGAGAGUGCUAGUGUGGGUCAAACAGGUAACCAUCCCCCAGAUAGUAUAGACAUAGAAGCACAAUUGUUGUUCAAGGGUGAGUAAGUGCUAUGCUAAUGCUGCAAUGACAAAUUCUGUGUAAAUUAUGUACUUCCUGUGCUGCAGUACAAUGGACCAAUUUUUUUUUUUUUUUUUUUUUUUUUUUUUUUGUAUGUAGAGAUAUUUAUAAAAGGGAUGUGAUGAGAAGCCUAUCUGGAAAGAAGUACUACAUAGGAAACUCAUCCUUGUAUUUGUUUUAGUCACAUCUUCAGUUUUAACAUGUAUAUAUUUUUAUUUUGUAAUGAAUUAAAUGUUAAUCAUUCAAAA